UGGCUAUCGUAAACCUGGUAUGGGUAUCCCAACUUUUUCACGUACAAGUUUGUUUGGAUAUUUGAGAUUUGGAUGUUUGAUUUUUUUCGGUACAAAUGAAUUCAAUGCAAAAUUGGAUUUGGUUUGGGUAUUGAUAAUCUUAGAUUUAUCAAGCAAUACAAUACGGAAGAGGCAGAGAAAGAAAAAAAAGUUGCGAGAGACAGAGUAGAUCGGACCUUUCCGUAGCCGGCGAACACUUCCGCCGUCGACCCCAUGGGUCGGCGAAAGAAGAAAUCGCCUUCCAGAUCGCCCCCACCAAAGCCCCAUCAUCCCCGUGGAUCUAUCGAACCCCAAAUUCUCCUCCAUUCCCCCCUCUUCCCGACAAGACCUCCCUCCCCAAAUCCAUGGCGAGAUUGCAUUUGUCUCCCGGUCGGAAUCCUCUCCUCUUGAUUCAUGCCCUAACCCACUCGAUCAUCCUCCGCCUACACUCCGCCGCACCUCUUCCAGACCCAGAGAAAAGAGUUGCCUCCCUUGUCCAGAAAUCGACCCCCGUCGCCUCCCGUCAUGUUCCUUUUUCUAGAAAUUCCUUCUCCAACCAUUUUCGACCCCCUUUCAAAUUCCCCCACCAUCGCCUCCUAUAUCGCAGAUUUUCCGGCGCUCACCCCUCCGUAACCAAAGCUCCUGACAAACACCCUUUGGCUGCCCUCCCACUCUGCUCAGGGAUCGACAUUGAGCCCCCCAUACGGAAACUGAUACCACUCCCUUUGUGGAUGCCCCUUCUUAUGAUCUCCUCAGGGUCACCUGUACUGACGCUCUGGUCAACCAUCUUGCCAACCCCUGGAACAUGCUCGACCACAAACGGUCUUGAACCCUCUGGUCUGUCAUUCUCAAAUCAGUAUCACGAAACUCAAGUUCCCAAGGCCUCAUGGGUGGGUCUUUUUUCUGAAAUACACUCGCAUUCAUUUCAGUGGUACACCAUAAAAAUAAAAAUUUUACUCAAAUAGCCGAGUUGGGUCGCAGCAAUUUCUCAGGUACACCGAAAAAAUAGACAGAAUUAUCAAAUAUCGAGUUUACCCCUGUAAAAAAUGGAAAAGACCUACAAACCCUUAAUGAAACCCGCGUGUGAGGUAAAAACACGUGCGGAAUUUUUUUAAUUCGAAUUAAAUGAAAAACUAGUGAAAACGUUUAGUUAAAACCGUAAAAAGGAAAGUUAGGGUUUUUUACCCUUUCAAAAUCGAAAACGGCAAAGAGAAGAGAAAGCGAGGGAGGGAAAGUGACUCAUGCGAAAUCGAGAGAAGGAAACGAAUCGAGAGUCGAAAUCGAAGCGAAAUCAGCGGAGUGUCAGCGAAAGCAGGAAGAAAGCGACGAAACCCAGAAAAAUCGAGAGCCAGACGAACAAAAUGAAGCCAUCGUCGUCGAGGGAAGGAGGUCGCGGUCGAGGUCGAGUCGGUGCUGGAAUCAGAGUGGUGUCGAGGUUUGCCGGCGAGAGAAUGCAGACGGAGCCUGAGACAGAGAAUACGGACACGGAGACAGAUCCGGAGCCAGAAAGAACAAUGGAGGGAAAUGCUUCUCCGAAAACACAUAAUUUGGAUAUACCCAAAGCCGAAUUCUACUAUAAAUUUGACGACAUGAACAAGAUUUCGGUGAAGUUAUCGUCAAAGUGUUUCCACAUAGAAGCUGUGGAAUUACUCGAGCACCACAUGACGGAGGAGGAAAAAAAGUAUUUCACCGAACAAUCGCAAUUCAGGCACAUAUUUCAUAUGAAGAAGAAACAAUCAUUGAAGAUAAGUUUAAUGGUUGCACUCAUCAACCAAUCAGUCAAGACCAAGAAAGAUGACGAGUUAUGGUUCGUGAUGAACGAAGUCCCAAUUAGGUAUUCGCUGUGGGAACACGCUAUUCUCUGUGGUUUAAAUUGUUCUCCGUUGCCUGAGAAUUGGGAGGAAAUUGGAGGGUUCGAAUUCUACCGUAAAUUCUUUGGUCAAGAGAGUUUUGAAAAGGUUAUGAAAGCAGAAGUAAUGAAGAAGUUUGGAGAAUUAGCUGUAGAUGACAGAGAUGACCGAUUGAAGAUGGCUUAUUUGUUGCUGCUCAGUUAUGUCAUUGGGCACCAACAUUCGGAAUACGUGAAUCCAUUUCUGUUGAAGAUUGUCAACAAUGUGGAUGCAUGCGAAAAAUUCCCUUGGGGGACGUUCACGUUCAACAAUGUUCAUGAGUUUGUGGUGAACUAUCUGAAUAAACAUCGGAAGCCGGCUAAUCAGUGGAACUUACCAGGGUUUAUAAUUCCCCUCACGAUGUUGCCGUUCGAAUGUAUUCCCAAGCUUCGUUCAGGCGGAUGGUAUAGUGAAGUCAGGGUGGAAGGAAAUGUGAAACAAUCCUGUCCAAGGAUGUGCCGACGAUGUUUCAUUCCGAAAAAGAAGUAUGGAAUCAGACAAGGUUUGACAAGGAUCGGAAGGACGCAGGAUAUUGCGAGCAUUCUAAUUCCAGAGGAGGCUGAGAGGCGUCUGGUUGUGCAUUUGGAGACAAUUGAUAAUGUUGAUGAGGUGGUUGAUAGUUGGAUGGCGCAUUUGGUUGAAGAUGUGAAAUCUGUGAAAUGGAGAUAUACUCGAGGCUGAUGUGAAAUCUCGCAUCGAAGUGCCAAUGAUGCAGAAGAAAAGGAAAGCAGCUGCUUCAACAAGAAAUGUGGAAAAAAGAAGAAGAAGAAGUG